AUGAGUGAACAAACUAGUAAUACUUAAACAAAGAAAUCAGUUAAGAUACUAUUUAUACUUAUUGAUGGUAUAGCAGAUUUAGGGCUUAAGGAACGCUAAAACAAAACUCCUUUGUAAAUUGCAAGUCUUCCCACAUUUAAUGCUCUCGCUAAGUCUGGUGUUUGUGGAUUAAUGGAUCCUGUUGAAACAGGUCUUGCUUGUGGGAGUGAUACAGCCCAUAUGAAUAUUUUUGGUUAUAUUCCAUUUACUCUAUACAGAGGAAGAGGGGCCUUUGAGAGUAUGGGAGCUGGCUUACAUAUGGAUUGUUCAGAUAUAGCUUUCAAAUGCAACUUUGCACAUAUGGAGGCAGAAACUAGAAUAGUAAAAAUGAGAAGAGUUGAUAGAGAUUUUGAUAAAUGGGGUUUACCUCUAAUUGAUUAUGUAAAUGGAAUGAAGGUUCCUGAAUACCCUGAGCAUUAUAUUAAAGUAUAGCAUGCCACUGAACAUAGAUGUGGAGUUAUACUUUCUGGCCCUAAUUUGACAGAUAGAAUUACUGGAACUGAUCCUCUUAAGGAUAAUUUGGCUUUAAGAAAAGUUCUUGCCAAAGAUCCUUAAGAUCCUCAUUCAGUAGAAAGUGCAAAUAUUGUCAAUAAGCUUAGUGAUGCAAUACAUGAAAAACUAACUUAACAUGAAUUAAAUGUCAAAAGAAAAGCUUAGAAUCUUCCUACAGCAAAUAUAAUACUACUGAGAGGUGCAGGGAUGAGAUUAUAGGUAGAUGAAUUCGAGAAAAAGCAUGGUUUAAAAGGAUUUAUGAUUGCUCCAACUGCCAUUAUUAAUGGAUUAGGCUAAACAAUUGGAAUGGAUGUGAUAAAAGCACCUGGUGCAACUGGAGAUUAUCAUUCAAACUAUUCUAGCAAAAUUUAAACUGCUCAUUAGACUUUUAGAUAAAAUCCAUAAUAUAAUUUUGCUUUUGUGCACAUUAAGGCAGUUGAUGAUGCUGGCCACGAUAAAAGUGAAGCAAGGAAAAUAGAGUAUCUAUAGAAAGUUGAUGAUAUGCUUAAAGAAUUUACAAAUAUUAUCAAGGAUGAAACUGAUAGUGAAUAUAUUAUUUGCUUAACUGGAGAUCAUACAACACCAGUAAGAAAUGGAGACCACACUUUUGAACCUGUCCCUGUUGGUAUAACAUUAUCAAGCAACCUGCUAAAUGAACUUAAUACAAAAAAAUAAACCAAUGAUGAGCUAGCUCAUUAUAAAGAUAACGUUGAGAAAUUUGAUGAACUAAGUGCUGCUGAAGGUGUGCUUGGUAGAUUUGUUGGCAGCUAAUUAUUAUCAAUCUUAAAGAACUUUAAGAAUCAAAUAGAAAAAAUUUGA